AUUAUUUCUGCAUAAAUUGUGUCACAGUUCACAGUCAAGUUCCUCUGUGUGUUGGUCACAAAGGUGUUGGAUAAAUCUCAAGUUAAGUCAGGAACCAGUAAAGGUCUACCGAGGGCACCAGCAGAGAGAUGUGACAGACACAGUCAUAAACACAUUGAUAUGUACUGUCAGAAUCAUGAUAAUGUUGGCUGUUCUACAUGUAUGGCAAUUGAUCACAGAUCAUGUAAGGAUAUAUUCUAUAUACCAGAAUUCAUCCAAAACAAAUCUUACCAAGUGGUUUCAAGAGAAAUUCAAUCAAAGCUGAAGGUAUUAGGCAAGACCCUUGCUGUACAAGCUAACAAAUUUCAACAGGAUAAACAGAACCUUCAGAAAAGAAAGGCUAAUUUACUGGCUGAUAUCAGAAAAUUCCGACAAGAAAUUAAUGACCAACUUGACAAGCUGGAGAAAUGUUCUGUAGAUGAGAUAGCAAAUAAAUUCAAAAUUCUUGAAGAACAGAUUGAAGAAGGUCUGAAACAGCUACAAGGACACAAAGCGAAGGUCAUAUCAGCUAAUGAUAAAUUAGCAUCUCCAAACCAAAAUCAAGCUGAAUUGUUUGUUCAUGUGAAGAUGGGGGAAAAUGCUGAAAAUGUUGCCAACAAAUUUAUAGAAGAUACCAAAGUGAAUAAAACAGUAAGUGACAUAGAGUUUCAUUCUGACAGAAAUCUCCUUGAACAGCUGAAACAAAACAAAACCAUUGGCAUGCUGACAGAGAAAACUACAAAAACUGCUGAGAAUUCACUUCAGAUUACAGGAGGACAAUCAUACUGUGUCAAAGUAAAGUCUGAUGAACAAACAUGUGAUAUCUACAGUGCCUGCUAUAUGGAAAAUGGUACAAUCAUCCUUGCUGACUACAACAACAAGAAGCUUAAACGGUUAAAAAGUCACAAUUAUACCAUCACAGAUUGCUAUAAUCUACCUGGAGAGCCAUUUCAAAUAUGUAAAAUUAAUGAAACACAAGUUGCAGUAACAUUUAACUCCAAACAGGAAGUUCAUUUCAUUUCUAUAGAUAGACAAAUGAAAACGACAAACAAGAUUAAAACUGGUUUUAUUUGUCGUGGUAUUGCCUAUGCAAACAAUCAUUUAUAUAUUUCUGAUAACUUAUCAGUCUAUAUCUACACAAUGAGUGGCAGGAAACUUAAACAGUUUAGUAUUGACCAGUCAGGACAGGAACUGUUCUCUGACAUAAACAGUCUAGCUGUCAGUAAGGAUGCUACAAGGAUUUAUGUUACUGAUUUUGAUAAAGGACUGAUAGUAUUAGACAACAAUGGUCAGAUUGUUACAACAUUUAAUGGUAAACAAUUACAGACAGCUAAUAAUUGUCAUCACACUGAAGCAGGUAGUGUGCUGGUAUCUGGAUAUAUCUCCAAUAAUGUAUUACAGUUUACAUCUGAUGGUGAGCUGAUAGGAGAAGACAUAAAAGCUGCCAGUGGAAAACGAGGAAUGCAGUCAGUUUGUUGUAAUCAACAAAUGUCUAAGAUGUGUAUAAGCAGAGGAGAUAAAGACAAUAUUGAGGUGUAUGAUAUCUGAUCAGUUUAUAAGUAAAUAAAUGAAAACAACUAUAAUUUAUAUUCAUGAUAUCCAUCAAGAGUUAUUAUAAAAUAAAUGGUAAACAGAGUGUGACCAAUUUCAAAGAUAAACUUGUUAUUGAUGGGAGGUGGUAAUUGUCAUUUAAUAUAAGAAUGAAUCUACAACAUGAAAUAAGACAAUCAUGAAAAAUAGGGACAUGAACAUAUAUGUGUAUAAGUGAAUUACAAAAUUGUUGUAUGCUCAAACAUACAACUAUGUACAAAGUACCAAGUUGAUAUAAGAGUGUGUGACUUUUUAUUAUAAAUGGACAUAAAUUUAUCGGUGAAUAACAUUUUAUAUAAUGGAUUUAAUUAUUAUACAUGAAUAUAAAACAUAACAUAGAACUAGUACUCCGCGAUAUAUAUAUUUUCUUAAAUUAUGCACAUAUGGAUCUCUUCAGCACAAUUGGAGCUCAAAUGCAAUUUUGAGCAGCUUUUCCCUUCGUUUGUAGCCAAAUCUUAAUAAAUGUUUAAAUCGGGAUUUGUCUGAAUGUUAAGCAUCAAUCUGUAGUGAGAUUUCUUAAAAUCUCUGUUUUUUGAGUCCCUUUAUUGACAUUUUCUUCAUUCACAUUGCAUGUUUUG